AGGUCUGAAAGACGAUCAUCGAAGCAGAUCGACCUGUUUUCGUCCGUGAAAACAUCAGCUGAGUGUAUUGGUGUUCAGGUUAAAAAGCUGGAAGCGCUGUUGGAAAGAUUCGGUCGAACGGGCGAUCGUUGGCAGAGGCUGGACCAAAUAUUAAAGUCGAAACAUAGUGGAGCCGUGGUUCGCAAAAAGUACUCGUGGCGACAAGAGCAGGGACAACGUAGAAAUAACGAAGAUAUCGCGCAAGGGUGGAAUAUAUGCUGUGGGCGUCCCCCGAAAAAGCGGGGGCACUUGAUAGCCGCAGAAAUUGGGCUCAUCGCAAGUAAAUAUCAAUCACCGUCGUGUGGCAAAAGGACGUCGUUCUCAAGUCGUAGUAGUGACGCGAGUUCGGUUGCGAUUGGAAUCGAGCAACUACAUCAGCAAAAUUUGCUCGAGCAAAGAUCAUCCGUCCCUGACGAAAAUAAUCAGUUCAUCGAACGGCAUCAGUCAAUUUUUGCUCGAAACUCAUUUGCAGUUAUACCAGUUAAAUUAACUUCAGAAGUAACCUCGACGGCGGAAGCCGCCUCCGAGGUUCCCGGCGCAAUCAAGACGACCAUCAAUAUCGGCAUUGCGAUGAACCACGUUAACGAUCAGGAAAAUCUUAAACAGCUCAACCUGGCACCGGUUCAGGUUAAUGAAGUCGAGGAAAUGGACACACAGGAGGGAGAAACACCAAAUGAUGGUGGAGGAGAUGGCAAUGAUACUAGUCCUAUGAAUGGAGAAUCAGAAUUAGCUUGUAUAGUUCAAGAUCAAGAAAUGGAGGAAGACGAAGCAAGAUCAGAGGCCACAUUUCGUUAUACAGUGGAAAAUCUUUCUAAAAUGAAGGAAACUCAGUUAUCUCCACCAUGUUAUGUUCGUAACUUACCAUGGAAAAUAAUGAUAAUGCCUAGGUCAAGUCAAACACAAGAUAGAGGCCCUCAAAAGUCUCUUGGUUUUUUCUUACAAUGUAAUGGAGAAAGCGAAUCAUCGUGGAGUUGUUAUGCAGUUGCAGAUCUUCGAUUACUUUCUUGUAAAGAAGGACAGGAACCAUUUAAUAGAAAAAUUCAACAUCUCUUCUAUAGUAAAGAAAAUGAUUGGGGAUUUAGUCACUUUAUGACAUGGCAGGAUGUCCUGGAUCCUGAAAAAGGUUUUAUCAAAGAUGAUUCUAUUACACUUGAGGUUCACGUUAUGGCUGAUGCUCCACAUGGUGUCAGUUGGGAUAGUAAAAAACAUACAGGAUUUGUAGGUUUAAAAAAUCAAGGUGCUACAUGCUAUAUGAAUUCUUUGCUUCAAACUUUGUAUUUUACGAACCAGUUACGUAAAGCAGUUUAUAAAAUGCCAACAGAAAGUGAUGAUUCUAGCAAAAGUGUUGCUUUGGCUUUACAAAGGGUAUUUCAUGAAUUACAAUUUUCUGAUAAACCAGUAGGUACAAAAAAGUUAACAAAAAGUUUUGGUUGGGAAACAUUGGAUUCUUUCAUGCAACAUGAUGUACAAGAAUUUUUACGAGUGCUUUUAGAUAAGUUGGAAAGUAAAAUGAAAGGUACAUGUGUAGAGGGUACAGUGCCAAAAUUAUUUGAAGGAAAGAUGGUAUCAUUUAUCAAAUGUAAAAAUAUUGAUUAUAAAUCAACUAGAGUUGAAACUUUCUAUGACAUACAGUUAAAUAUAAAAGGAAAGAAAAAUAUUUAUGAGUCGUUUAAUGAUUAUGUGAGUACUGAAAGUCUGGAUGGUGAUAAUAAAUAUGAUGCGGGAGAAAAUGGAUUACAAGAGGCAGAAAAGGGUGUUAUUUUUUCAUCCUUCCCACCAGUGUUGCAUUUACAUUUAAUGCGAUUUCAAUAUGAUCCGGUUACAGAUUGUUCUGUGAAAUUUAAUGAUAGGUUUGAAUUCUAUGAAAAAAUAAGUCUUGGCAAAUAUUUGCAAAAUAAAGAAGCAACAAGUGCAGAUUACACGUUGCAUGCAGUCUUAGUUCACAGUGGCGAUAAUCAUGGUGGACAUUAUGUUGUAUUUAUCAAUCCAGCUGGUGAUGGAAAAUGGUGCAAAUUCGAUGAUGAUGUCGUCUCAAGGUGUACAAAACAAGAAGCUAUUGAACACAAUUAUGGCGGUCAAGACGAGGAUAUGUCUAUAGCUGUGAAACAUUGCACGAACGCCUAUAUGUUGGUAUACAUAAGGGACUCUGAGUUGGAAAAUGUCUUACAAGAAGUCAAGGAAGAGGAUAUACCUCAAGAGGUCAGAAACGUCCUACAAAGAGAGCUUUCCCAGGAGUUGAGCGACCUUGAACGUGACAAAGACGCGACUGACACAAUCAAAGACUCACAUACAGAGACUACGACUCUUCGUCCGUGCACGCAAAAUUCUCGAAAUCCAAAUCUCUAUAUUCAUGAUUUUUAAAAAAGUGAAAAGAGUUGUAAAUUGGUUGAAUUCUUUUCCAAAAAAAUUUCCUAUUUCUUAAAUAUGUUUUGAGCUAAUUAGCUCAUAGCAUAUAAAAUCAUCAAAUUCAUAAAGCAUUACAUCAAGUUAAAUACAAAGAUGAAAUGAGUUUAAUAACAUAGGAACGUAUUUGAAUAGAUUCAAUAUUUUGGAUAUGUAAAUUAAUCAGAAAAUAAUAUCUACAAAUUAAAUUUAAUAAAUUAAUAUUUUUUUUAGCACCUAUACAUACAUAUAUAUAUUUUCAAAUAUUUGUUAUAAAAUUUCUCUUAAUAUUUUUUAAUAACCAGAAAUUUAUAGCGUUAUCAGCUACAGGCUGUUGUAUCACCAAAUGUUGAUAUUGUAUACAUUGUGUCCAUUUUCAGGUAUGACAUGUUGCAUGUAAUAUGUCACACUUAUGUGACUUAAAGUGUUACGCGCCCAUUACUUUGCUGAUAUUUAUUAUAUAUUUAAAAAAUGAAAGAAAAAAAAGUAAUUCAUUACAUUAUAAUAUCAAAUUGAUAAGAUGUUUCGUUUGAAUAUGACAGUUGAUCGAUACAAAAUAUUGCAUUGCAAUUAUCAAAAAUAUCAGUAGAUUUUUAUUAAUUAGUGUUAUAUAGAGAUUUGUUUUAUUCAAAUGAAAGUAUUUUUACCUUUUUGACAGAGGAUUUUUUUUGUAUGGACGAUUGAGUCAUGUAAAAAUGAAAUCUUUGUUGAUUCUUUUAAUUUAUUUUUUUGUUACUUAAAAAUUUUAUAUUAAUUGUAUAUUAGUUGACUGAAGGUUGAACAGCUAUAAUUAAUGUACGCGUUGCACUUCAGGUACUAUACAAAAAUUGAAAUCGGGUUGACAUAAAAUCUGAUUAUUAGGCUAUUAUCAUGAUGAGCCUUAGAAUCGUUUUGAAAUGUUUAUUGUAAUAAAUAUUGUAUGAUAUUACACCUAAAAAAAUAAUUGUAUUGUAGUAUUCUAAAGCUUUGGGUAACAAAUGCACAGACAUAUCGCAGAAUAGGUUGAAAAUGUGUGAAUAAUUAUAACAAAAAUACAGGCAAGAAAGACUUAUUAGUUAAUAGAGUGAGAUUAAUUGAAUAAUUAGAAUGAAAUUAUUCAAAAUCUGAUUUAAAAUAAUGAGUUUUGACUCAUGAAAUAGAUAAUGCUAUGGAAAAAAGAAAAAAUGAACAAUAAGUAGGAUUUAUUAAUGUCUGCUUCUUCCUUAAUACGUCUUCUACGGUGUAUUUGUUAUUUAAUGAAGAUCGUUUAGUGAGUGAGGUGAAAUGUGAUUUAUAUUAUCAAAUUUAUGAUUUUCAUGAAUUAACACUUUGAAUCAACGUUAAUAAUAAAAUUAGAAUAUUGAACCUUAUAAUGAGGUUUGAAUCAAUUAAUCGAGUCGUUAAUUCAUUAAAUUUUGUCAAUGUUCAUAGUCAGUACGAUCAUCAACAGAUGCUAUCUAUUUAUUUGUUGUUACAUAUUAAUAAAUAGAAAAAAUUCAAUGCCUCAUGAACAAAGUGAAUAUUCCAUAAUAAUUAUAAAAUACCUAUAUAUAUUAUUCUUUAUUUUAGACAUAAAAGAAAUGAGAAGAUAUAGAAUAAAUUACUAAAUAUUAGAGAAUUUUGAACAUUAAAGAUUAUAUUAGUUAAUUUAUUAUCGUUUUUAUUUUUUAUUUCUUAAAAAUGUAGCUGUGUAAUUAUUUAAAAAAUCUGUAUAACAAUAAUUCAAAAUGUGAAGCAUCUCCACGCUACUAUAGUUAUACAUUACAUUUUUAUUAUUAUUUGGCAUUAAUGAUGGUCACAGUUUUGAUAUGUAUUUAUAGCACACAGGUAUGAUGAUCUGAGAUACUGAUUAUUAAUAUUAUAUAAUUCUUAGUUUCAAAGAAAUAUAUAAUAUAAAAUUGUGUUUUAUAUUUCAACCAACCAAAGUUCAAUAGUCAAAACGAAAAUGAACAUUUAAUAGAUUUCGUUUAAUCAGCUAUUAAAACAUUCAUUAAAGCAUCAUCUCUGUGUAAAAAUUUACUAAUAUUUUAGAUAUUUUUUAAUUGUCUACAUUAAUUAUCUACAUUAAUUUGAAGUGUGUUACAUAAAACCAUCAUUCACAGCUGAAUAAUUUUCAUUGUGUAAUUGUUUGACUUAGUAGUUUGUAUUGCGGCAGAUGAACAAAAUUAAAAUUAUAUAAAGGACAAAACAAAAUUCAUUCUUUUGAUGUUUCGAAUACUAUCUGUUCUCGAAUCUCAAAAGCAUGAUACAAGUACGCUGCUUUUCUAAAAGUUUAAAUUUUAGAAGACAGAUGAAGAAAAAUUACCAAUGAGAUGAAUUUAGUACACAUAUGGAUAAUUUUAAUUUUGUUGGUCUAGCUGGUGGAGAGGCUGCAAGAGGAGAAGAGGCUGGAACAAAUACGAAGAAAGGAAAGAACAGAAGCAUACUUGUAUAUAACCGUCAACGUCCUUCUUGAGGAUAAUUUUGACGGUCACCAAGGGAAUGACUUGUAUGAUCCAGAGCAUGCUUUGUAUCGUGUAUUUCGCGUACGUAAGCAGUGUACCUUGCACGAGUUUCUCGAAUUGCUGAGUGAUAGCUUGGUAAGUGUUGACAAAUUUUUCAUGCUAUUACUCUCAUCAUUAAAAUGCUAGUAUCGAUAUUUUAUUUUAUCGAUAUUUUAAAUUAUUUCAUACUGAAAUAUUGGUGUGACUUCAUAAUAUGUGCUGCUAAUUCGUUACAUAUUAUAUUGUGAUCAUUUACGAACACGGUAGGUGAUUAAAGAAACUGUAUUUAAGAGUGAAAUAACUAUUCUAUCAAAUUAAAAAAUUGUUAUAAAUAACUAAUUUGAUGGGAUUUUUCUUCUGCAGAAAUAUCCAAUAGAACAAAUUCGUUUAUGGCCGUUGAAUGUACGUUCAAACCAAACUUGUAGACCAAUGCCAAUUGAAUUAGAAAAUGAUCUCCAAAAAUCAAUUUACCAAUGCGCAGAGAAUCCGAAUGUUUGGAAUGUGUUUGUUGAACUUGUUCCCCCAGAUUCUGACCUGACAGCAUUACCACCUUUCGAUAAAGACACUGAUGUUUUGUUAUUUUUUAAAUUGUAUGAUCCCAAGAAUAAGAAGAUUCAUUAUUGUGGACAUCAUUAUAUGCCUGUCACAGCUAAAGUCCAGGAACUUAUACCAAUCUUAAAUGAAAGAGCUGGUUUUCCACCUGAUACAGAAUUGGCUCUCUAUGAAGAAAUCAAGCCAAACUUGGUAGAAAAGAUAGACAAUUUAACAGAGCCAUUGGAGAAAGUUCUUGAGGAAUUAAUGGAUGGAGAUAUAAUUGUUUUUCAAAAAGAAGGCGACAAUCAAAUGUAUGAGCUUCCAACAUGUAGAGAAUACUUCAAAGAUCUAUUUCAUAGAGUAGAAGUUACAUUUUGUGAUAAAACAAUUCCUAAUGAUACUGGUUUUACCAUGGAACUUUCAUUAAGAAUGACAUAUGACCAAAUGGCAAAAGCUGUGGCACAGAGACUUGGUACAGAUCCUUAUCUUCUACAAUUCUUUAAAUGUCAAACUUAUAAAGAUUCACCUGGACAUCCAUUAAAAUGCACAUUUGAAGGUUCAUUGAAAGAUUUAGUUUCUUAUUGUAAACCUAAAGCGAAAAAGUUAUAUUAUCAGCAGCUUAGUAUUAGAGUAAAUGAACUUGAAAACAAAAAGCAGUUCAAAUGUAUAUGGGUUGGUCCAUCUCUUAAAGAAGAGAAGGAAAUUAUUCUUUAUCCUAAUAAAAAUGGAACAGUAGCAACAUUGCUAGAAGAAGCUAAAAAACAAGUAGAAUUAUCAGAAAACGGAUCUGGAAAAUUAAGGAUAUUAGAAAUUAAUUCUAGUAAACUUUCACCUGGUCCGAGAGAAGAUGUACCUUUAGAUAAUCUAAAUACAUCUGGCACAAAGUUAUACAGGAUAGAAGAAAUCCCAAAUGAUGAAUUAAAUUUAGCAGAAGAUGAAAUGUUGGUUCCUGUUGCACAUUUUCACAAAGAUAUUUUUUCAACAUUUGGUAUUCCCUUUUUCUUUAAAAUUAAACACUUUAAGUUCGCGGUGGUGACGAUGGGUAAACCACACUUCAUUAUGGACUCACCAGAAUAUUGCAUGGAUCUUGCGGAUUUCCGUAUGCAUCCAAAUCAAAUUUAUCCACUUUUAAACGCAGGCACAUCGCCACUUAGGCCUUGGCUUGGCCUAGAACACGUCAACAAAGCGCCAAAGCGCUCUCGUAUCAACUACCUCGAAAAGGCCAUUAAAAUUUACAAUUAAAUUUUCAUCAUAUGAAGAAGAAUAAAAUUAGGCAGUCACUCAUAUAAUUUAUACGACUCUAUAAGAAAGCGAUACACGAUGGUUGGAAAUGCGUUUAUGUAUUCGGUUCUUCAACCAGAUAGUGCGCGGUUUUAAUAUUAUGAUCAUGUUAACGAAAGAUAAAUCUACGCUUUGUAUACGAAGGAUUAACAGACUGUAACGAACAUGCAAUGAUACUUUAUGCAUCAUGGAAGUUUUCUCUUUCAAAUCGACAGGGAUUUUACGUAAUGGCUGGAUCGAUGGUAUGUAUUAGUGAUUGAUUUCACUAUAUUGCAACAACUUAAAUUAAAUACUCCUUGAUUAAAUACUUCUAUCUAUGAAAUUUGUAAAUAUUUUGUCACUUGAUGAUUGUUAUUUAACAAAUAUUUUUGAAAGCAGUAGCAUUGCUUUUGAAUUUGUCAAGAGCAACAAUUUAUUUAAAUGCAUAUUUUAUUAUCAAGUAAAGGAAUUGUAAUUGCAAAAUCUUGAGAAAAUUCUUGUCAGUAAAUAGGAAGGUAUUUACGAAUAUAGUCUAUACUUUUAGCAAAUUAUAAUUUUUCCUAAAAUCUUGAUUGUUUGAUCUUGCCACGUAAAAUCUUUGUAACUGAAUAUAACAAAGCCCAAAGAAACACUAUGUACUGUUCUACGUGAUGUGUAAUACUUAACGCCCAUUAUCAGAAAAGAAUUGUCUACAUAUUCCUGUUUUUGUAUUAUAUUCAGGAUGUUUGAAACGCAGACUUACAAUCACCUUUUGUAAUCUUAGUUUCUCCAUAUUCCUUUGCAAAAUAAUAAGACAUUAACAUUCUAUUUGCAGAUUCACUUCUUAUGACAUGCAUCCUUAUCGAAAAUGUAAUUGCUGUAUUUUAAUUGAAGAAAAAUGUAAUUAAAUAGCAUGGAUACUGUUGCAUAACAAAAAUGAUUAUAAAAUAUUUGCAAGAUAAUCUUUAAGUAAAAUUUUUAAUUUGCCUUCCAAACACCCUGGAACUUUUUAUGUUUGAAUAUUUUUUUUUUGUGUGUGUGUUUUAUGCGUCUUUUUCUAUAUAUUUUACUGAGAUUCUAUGAAAUUUUGCAAAUAUGUAACAGUAGUUUAACAUAUUAAUGAAGUAGUUUCAAUUAUAAUAACAAAAAAAAAAAAUUGGAAAGAAUGCGUUAAUAUGGCGAAUGUUGAAUUCAUUGCGCUAUAAACAGAACUAUGUGGAAUCUAUUGGAAGAUAAAAAUUGUUUAAAAGAAAAGGCCAUUUGACAAUUUCAUUGAGUCUUUUUUCGUCUUAUUAAAUGUUAUUUCAUAGUUUUGUCCUUUUAUUUUUUAUUCUCUGCAUACACUCUUUGCACGAUAACUUGCCACGAUAUUAUUACAUGAUUUCCUAUUAUUUAUGAAUCAUCUUUUAUUCAACAUUUUCUCCUUAACUGUGAUUAAAGUCUUUCUUCGAAACGUUUAAAUCCAUGGCUCCACAAUAUCUAAAAAUAUUAUUAAAUGUUAAAGAAAGAUGGAGCAAUUUAUUCGAUUUAUUUAAUAAAUAAAUUCUUUUCUAAGGAAUUAGUUUGUUGCAAUUAUUAAAAUACAAAAGAAAAAAAACAGAGUUUUAAAAUUUAAAAUAAAAACUCUUGAAAUAAGUCAAGUUAAUGAUUUUAAUUCAAGCUAAUUAGCUGUUAGUCUAUUAGGAUAAUAAAUUGCUGUAACUCAAUUGGAAUGACAAUUUAUAUUAAGUAUAUAAUUUAAAGAAAUACGUCAAAUGUAGAUCUUACAAUGAGUAAUGUAUUAUUCAUGUCACGUUUUCUAGAGUGCAUUUCAACAUCGACAAAUAAUUAUGACUCGGUAAUAUAUAAGAAAUUUAUGCGAUGUGCAGUAAUAUUUACGAAGACUGGACAUGCUAGUUAUGAAGAUUGCAAUAUUUUGUAAACCUACACAUGUACAGCUAGUUUGACUAAUUACAGCCGUAAUUUUAACCAUGUAUAUGCUUUCAAAUAUUUCGUUGUAAACAUUCAAUUUACAAUCGCUUUGUUCUUGAGAAUAAUUUUAAUAUAUGUUCUGCUAAAAAAUAUAGAUUAAGAAAUUCUUAAAUAAUAUAACUCAUUAUAUAAUUAGAAAUAAGCAUUCUUUUCUUCUUUCGUUUUUCUUUGUUUUUUUUUUUUUUU